AUGGAGGGAAUGAACGGGAAUCACAUCAUGGCGGAGGACAACAUCAUCAAUCGGCGAGGCGGCGAGUCGCUGUUCCAGAACUGCAGCAACCUAAAGAAACGACUGGCUGAGGUCCCCGGCUUCGAGCCUCACUUGGCCGAGAUGCAAGAGCUGGAUAAAGCCAGCGAUGAGAACGACCCUGUCGCCUCGGUAUGGAAGUGUCUACGGCAAGGGUAUCCCUUGAUGACGAUAUACAAUGCCACCCACCCGUCAGAGCCCCUCUCAAUCGAUGAGAAUAAGCUGCAAGAGCGGAACAGACCGAAGGCUGCGACUUUCAAGUUCCUUCAGGCCUGUCUGCAGGUACUCAAAUUCCCGCAGCAGGAAUGCUUUCUCAUCACAGAUCUUUACGGUGACAGCACCACUGGUUUCGUAAAGGUCAUAAAAAUGGUCAACAGAGUAAUAGACAUACUCGAGCUUCAAGGCCAACUGUACAAUAAAGUCUCGCCAUCGACAUCUUUGCCUUCCGAAGGAGGAAAGACGAAACUCACCCGGAGAGAACACAUCCUAAAGGAAAUGCUCGAAACCGAACGAGACUACGUCCACCAUCUUCAAAACCUCCAAGCGCUCAAGAAAGAGCUCGAAGAAACCGGCGCUCUGACCGGCGAUGUCAGCCAUCAGAUCUUCCUCAACCUCAACAACCUCCUCGACUUUACUCAACGGUUCCUCAUCCGGAUGGAACAGCAUAAUGCACUCCCAGAAGAGACCCAAAACUGGGGUGACCUCUACCUGAGUCAUCACAAUGGCUUCCUUCAGUAUGAGCCUUUUAUCGCCAAUCAACCCCGCUGUGAUCAGAUCUGCCAGAGGGAAUGGGAUAAGAUUCAUUCUGCACCCCGAUCCCCGGAUCUUCAACAGAUGGUUGCCCAGUUAUCAACACUCAAUGGCUUCUUUGUAAAGCCAUUCCAGCGCCUUACUAAGUACCCUCUCAUGCUCAUGGAACUUCGAAAACAAACAGAAAACCCAGGCCUUGUUUCUGACAUUGGCGAGGCCAUUAACAUGAUCCAAAUAAUUCUAGAUAACGCUAACCGCGCGAUCGAUAAAGAGCACCUCGUCUCCGCAGUCGAAGACCUUUCACAACGAGUAGAGGAUUGGAAGGCUCUUAAGCUUGACCAAUUCGGCGACUUAUUGCGAUACGGAACGUUUACCAUCCUGAAAGGCGAUAGUGGCAAAGACGCAGAAAGAGAGGUUCGUAUAAUUCUCUCCAACACAACUGCACAAUCCUAUUUACUUGGAAGCCGCCGGAGCUCCUUCACUGGUUCAGUCAUCCACCUUCUUUCAGCAAACAGCCACCGCGGCUGGAGCUGGAAACAGUCCAAGGAUCCCAAAUACAUUUCUGUCUUCCCUACACCAACACAAGCUGCCCAUCCCCUGGAACUCCUUACGCCUACUCACUCUGCCAGCACCAAAACACUUGAAUUCAAUACCCCUCCGCCUAGACCUAGGCAAGACUCGUUUGAUACUUCUCCUUCCAAGUCCAGACGAUCUAUUUCUUCUAUCUUUUCCCUUUCGAAAAGUAAACAUGCGUCAUCCCCAAUCACCCCUUCCAUACCCCAGCAGCGCCUCAACAAGGCCCAUGUUCGAAAAAAUAGUGGAGUUGGGUCUGAGGACGGUCGUUAA